AUGUCUACUACCACUGUUGUUGAGCCCAUCACCGUGUCGCAGGACAACGUCCGCAUGCGCCUAGACGGCAAAGACCCCAAGUUCGGAGACUUCCGAGAUGACUUGGCCCGAGACGGUUUCGCUGUUGUGAAAGGGGCUGUACCGCAAGAGCGAGCGCUCAAAUAUGCCAGUGACAUGCACUCGUGGUUGGAGGGAUUUAACCUUGGCUACGACCGCAACGACCCAUCCACGGUCCACAAGGACCGCCUGCCACUCAUCAAUGAGAAAGGCAUGUGCAUGCACUACGGGGUACCCCAUGAAAAGUUCGUCUGGGAUGUCCGCAGCGAGCCCGGUGUCGUCGAGGCCUUCGAGAAGGUCUACAACGACAAAGACCUCAUCGUCUCAUUCGACGCCAUAAACUUCGGCUUUCCCAACCGCACCGACCUUCCACCCAACAAACCCUGGCCACACCAAGACCAAGACCCCGAAAAGCCCGACUUCCGCUGCCUCCAAGGCCUCGUCAACCUCCUCCCCAACGGCCCCAACGACGGCGGCCUCAUCGUCUGCCGCGGCGCCCACCUCCUCUCCGACGAAUUCCACCGCGACCCAGAGAUCCAAGCGGAAGCGCGCAUCCCCGCCUGGACGCCCGAGUGGUACGGCUACACCGAGAAAGGCAUGAAAUGGCUUGCCAACCGGGGCUGCGAGUGGGUGAAGGUGUGCGCCGAGCCAGGCGAUCUUCUCCUUUGGGACUCGAGGACGCCACACUAUAAUCUGAGCCCGACCGGCAACACGCCGCGCUUCUGCAUCUACACUUGCUAUAUGCCUGUUGCGGAUGCGAGCCAGGAGGACUUGGUUCGGAAGAAAGAGGCGUAUGAGAACUGGCUUGGGACGACGCAUUGGCCGAAUGCAAAGCACACUGGCUCGAACGUUGCGAAGCGCGAUGGGGUGGAGUGUCCGUAUAACCGGUCCAAGCCGGUGAAUGAGCCGGUGCUGGGUGAGAGGGCGUUUAGGUUGACGGGGAUUCCGUACAUCAAGACUUAG